AUCGCAGGCCAGUUUCUGGGCUCCACCUUUGCUCCUCCCCACCCCCUCUCCCUCUUCUCUUAGCUUGGCCAUGAAUUUUCUUUCCUUAGGUCUUUCUAUCUAAACCUUCUCUUCCCCUCCCCACCCCAAACUCGUUGGAAAUCUUUAAACACUUUCAAGUUUUUUCUGGGCAGUUUGAGGUCGAUUUCAGAGCUAAGUCAGAGCACUUUAACACCCCAGCUGGGUAGAGUGGAUGGGACAAUAGCAGCUAUCACUUUACCAUUGGAAGUGACCCCCGAAUUUGCACUUCUUUCAUCUUGGGACCCGAGCACUUGAGGGUAGGCGAUUUCCUUGGGGGGAGUGGCUUAAGCUGAUUCUCCCUCGGCCGGUUGGCUGUAGACUGGUUGGCUGUAGACGUCCUUGCUCAGUGGGCAAAUCUGAAACCAGUUCUGGAGUGAGAGUGGCUUUCAGCUGGGGACCUGCCGGCAGGGUGACUUAAAUGUCCCAAGCUGAAAGGUGGAGAGAGAAUUGGAUGCUCCCAGGGCUCUGGGUCACCCUCGAGGAUGACAUCUAGGGAGCAGCUGAUUCAGCAGGUGCUCCUGGAGCUGCAGGAGGCGGUGGAAUCCGAGGGCCUGGAGGGUCUUGUCGGUGCUGCUCUGGAGGCCAAGCAGGUCCUGUCCUCCUUCACUCUCCCCAUCUGCCGGGAGAAAGGCCCUAGCCGCCAGGUGCUGGAGGUGGACUCGGUGGCCCUGAGCCUGUACCCAGAGGAUGCUCCCCGGAACAUGCUGCCACUGGUGUGCAAGGGUGAGGGCAGCCUGCUGUUUGAGGCGGCCAGCAUGCUGCUGUGGGGGAACACAGGCCUCAGCCUGGAGCUGCGGGCCCGCACUGUGGUGGAGAUGCUGCUGCACAGACACUACUACUUGCAGGGCAUGAUCGACUCCAAGGUGAUGCUGCAGGCUGUGCGCUACUCCCUCUGCUCGGAGGAGUCCCCCGAGAUGACCAGCCUGCCGUCCGCCACGCUGGAGGCCAUCUUUGAUGCGGACGUCAAGGCCACCUGCUUCCCUAGCAGCUUCUCCAACGUGUGGCACUUGUAUGCCCUUGCCUCCAUCCUCCAGCGCAACAUCUACUCCAUCUACCCCAUGCGCAACCUCAAGAUCCGGCCCUACUUCAACCGCAUCAUCCGGCCCCGCCGCUGUGACCACAUGCCGGCCACGCUGCACAUCAUGUGGGCCGGCCAGCCCCUCACCAGCCAUCUCUUCCGCCACCAGUACUUUGCCCCUGUGGUGGGGCUGGAGGAGGUGGAAGCUGAAGAUGCUACCAGCCUGGCCCUGGCUCCCCUGGCCCCAGCUGCUCUGCCACUACCAGCCAAGACUCCGGAGCUGCUCAUCCAGGACCCUUGCCGCAGCUACUCUGAACUCUGCAAACGCUACAAUGUCACCAAGAACACCUUGUACCGCUGGCGGCGGCAGUCCCAGGAGCACCAGCAGAAGGCGGCCACCCUCUACUCGGCCAAGCAUGUCCUGCAGGAGAGUGUCCACCAUGGGGGGGUCAUGUCGCUGCAGCAGUUUCUCCAGAGGUUCCCCGAGAUCUCCCGUUCCACUUAUUAUACCUGGAAGAACGAGCUGCUGGACACUGACCCCGGCCAGCCCCUGGCCCCCAAGGAGGGGAUGGAGGACUUGGAGAAGGCGGAGAAGCCGCCGGAGGAGCAGGUUGCCAAGGGGCUGGGAUGCCCUGUGCUGGCUGAGGCAAGCCCUGCAGUGGUCCUCAUGCAGCGGGCCAAGUUGUACCUGGAGCACUGCAUCUCCCUGAACACACUGGUGCCCUAUCGCUGCUUCAAACGCAGGUUCCCCAGCAUCUCCCGGUCUACCUACUACAACUGGCGCCGGAAGGCCCUUCGGAGGAACCCCAGCUUCAAGCCCGCCCCAGCCCUCUCCAUAGCCCCGGCUCCCCAGCUGGCAUCUGUUGGGGAAGAGGCCCUGCUCCCAGAGAAGAGUGAGGAGGGAGAGGGGACAGGGAAAGCAACAGAUGGGGACCCACCCGCCCCCCGGGAGUCCGUGCCCCCGAGGAUACCCCUGUCCCGUUGGCAGAGGCGCCUGCGCAGGGCCGCCCGCAAGCAGGUGCUCCGUGGGCAUCUCCCCUUUUGUCGUUUUCGCCUCCGCUACCCCAGUCUGUCCCCCUCCACCUUUUGGGUCUGGAAGAGUCUUGCCCGGGGCUGGCCUAGAAGCCUGUCCAGACUCCAGAUUCAGGCCCCUGCCUUGGGCAAAGCUGGGAGCCAGGAGGCUGAAGAGAAGCGAGAGAAAGAAGCUGGCAAGAAUGUGAUAGUUUCUGUGGCCCCAGCAACAGGGGCCCCAAAGGUGGCAGCUUCUCCAGGAGAGGGUCCAGAGAAGGCCCAGGGAGGGUCUUCCAGAGAGAAGGUUCUGCAAGAGGGGGCCAUGGCCCAGGGAAGGCCUCCCAGUGGAUCCUGGUCCAGCCCCUCUGUGGCCAUGGCAGCAGGCAGUAGGGACAGCCAGGUGCUGGUGAUGGACAUGCUUGCCUCCACCAAGUUCAAGGCUGAUGCCAAGCUGUUUUUGCAGAAGUGCUUCCAGUCCAAGAGCUUUCCUUCCUACAAGGAGUUCAGCGCCCUCUUCCCGCUAACAGCCCGCUCCACCUACUACAUGUGGAAGCGGGCCCUGUAUGAUGGUCUCACCCUGGUUGAUGGCUGACCUGGCAAUGCAGAGGGGCUGGGAGGAUGGGGGACCAAUUCGGAGAGGGUCAGGGACCCGAGUUGCCCCCUGGCUGGGCUAGGACGCCCUUUGCUCCAGUUUGCAUGGCGUCCACCCUAAACCCAAAGGCACAUUUGUGCAGUGUCUUGGCUCCAGGGCAGGGCGAACCUGAAACCAGCCAUCCGGUCUGCUGCAGAGAGUCACAGUUGUUUGCCCUUCUUAUUUUUAUGUGUAUGGAUUUUAGUUUUUUGUUUUGAUUGAAGUGGGUUGGCUGGGCCCACUUGCGGGUACUGGAAGCUGUAUGUGUGGGGGAGGGGCCGGAGGGGAGCUGGUUAGCUAAAGCUGCUUUCCGUUUUUUUCUAGGGACAAAAGGAGUAUUAUUAUAGCAUGGCCAUCUGUCCCAUUGGGCAGAAUAUAUAUCUUCAGUUCCUUCUGGGGUUUGGCAUUCUCCUUACUCAAAUGUAUUUCCCUAAGGAGCAUAAGAAAUCAAAUGUGGAGUGGGUCAGUGGCUUCUGGUUGGCACCCGCAAAGGAAAGGCAGUCAGGCCCAGCGUGAGCAGAAGCAGGAAGUACAGGAAGAACCAAGAGCCUCUGAGGGAGGGUCCUGAGCCGCACCACCGAGGGCUGGUCUGCUCCUGGCCACUCAGUGUGGAGUGGGGGCCUGAGGGCUCUCAAGUCUCUGCUCGCUGCUUGGUCCGUCUGCAGUCCUCUGCCAGUAUGGCUUGCCCUUGGGGACGAGACCUGUCUUUCUGCCGAGUCCUCAGAGCUUGUGCCCCGUCGUCAGUGAGGCACCACACAGUGGCCAAGCAGGUGAGAGACCGAAUUUUCAUUGCCCGAGAAUGAAGCUGGAAAAGCAAAGAAAUAAAAUGAUGUGGUGCCCGUAGCCCUUGGUCUCCCGGUGUUUGUUCUGCCAGGAUAAAGCUGCCCAUUCCCACAUGCGCCUUGGAUUCCAGUGAGUGGAGAGAGACCUCUUCUCUGUCUUGCUGGAACAAUCCUAGGUCCAGGGCUUAGGGAAUGAAGGGGCUUCUUCUGGGGAUUCUAUUUAGGAUUGGACUGAAAAGUGACCUUGGGUGUUCUUCCAGCCGGCAGUGAGGCUUGGGGCUGCCUGGGAACUUGCCUCUCAUCGAUGGGAGUAAACUGGCUGAGUGUGCUCAGGAGCCAGGCUGGCACACACAGUCAAGCCUGCCACGCACCCGGGCAGGCUGGGCCCAGUCUCAGAUAAGAAAACAGCCUCAGUGUGUUCAGUUCGCAGGCUGCUCCCUCCUGAGGGGCUGAGCUCUCAGGCCAGGCCUUUGCUGUUUGGGAUGGGCCGUCACUGGGGAAGAAGUUCCCUUACAGCCUUUCUCCUCCCGUCUAGUUUUCCUGUGGUGGCUGUUAUCCUUGGUUCUAUUUUUUCACCCCCACAUCCAAUCCAUCAGCAAAUCCUGUUGCCUCUGACUCCAAAAUAUGCCGAGAACCCCCAUCCUCAUGCUGCUGCCAUCAUCUUCUCUCCUUGCCCACACCCCAGCUUCCUACCAGGCUUCCUGCUUUUUCUCUCUUGCCCCACACCACCCUUCCCCAGAGAGUGGCUUGAGAGAUCUUUAAACAAAUUCUGAUUCUGUCACUUUCCUGUCUAUAAAAUGUUGAGUGCCUUCCCUUUGCUCAGAAUUCUUCGCACUGCUGUAUAGGCCUUCAUAAUCUGGCCCUGACUCUCUCCAGCCUUCUCUUGCCCUAACCACCACGGUGGCUGCCUCUGACCUUGAACAUGCUCCACCUUAAGUGCCUUUGCAUUUGUUCCUUUGCUCUAGAAUGCUUUUCCCUGUCGUCUUUACAUGCAGGCUCCUUACCACUCAGGUCUCUGAGAGUCACUAUGCCACGAACAUUUUAUUUAGCAUCAUCUGUUGUUUUCCUGUACGUGUGACUGUUUUCUCUCCUCCCCAUUAGAACUAGGCUCCAUGAGAAGUGGGGCUUUUGCUUGACUUGCUUUCACCACUGUGUUCCCAGCAGGUUCGUUAGUUCCUGCCACGUCAUACGUGCUACAAUUUGUUCAAAGAAAGGACGGAAAUGGGGCCACUAUGAUUUCCUGCCGUUACUCUCUGAGCUGUGGUUUUAUCACACCCAACCAAUCCUGCUUUCUAAAUCUCUCUCACUGACUGCUUUUCUCCAUCCACACAGCCACCCCUUAACCUAGGCCAGCAGCUGCUGCUCUUGUCUGGUCGUGAGGGGUUUUCAGAUUGACUCUGGUCCCCCUCAAACUAUCCCAUUCAUCCUCCUGGCAGAGGCCAGAAUGUUCUAACUAAAGCAAAUCUGACUCGUUGCUGGAUUUCCCACUGCCUUCAGCACAAAAUCCAGAUUAAGCAGGCCCAGCAGCCUGGCCCUGCCUACCUACGCCUCAGGCUUAUUUUCCCCCACUGACCCCUCCCUUAUCCACACUGACUCUCCCCACUUACUUUUUCUUUCCCAUCAUGCUAAACAUGUAUUGUCAUUGCUUGUCCAUCACACACUGUGAGGUCUCCACUGAACCCCAAGCAAUGUUACCUUUUGGUCCUUUAGGACUAAUGUUACCUUAGUCCUUUACCAUUCGGUGAAGGGAUGGGUGUGAUAUGUAUUCCCACCUAGCUGGCAAGGCCACCUGUAGCCAGCAGGUGGCAAUCUGGUGCAGCAAGAGACAGUCUGGUUUCCCAGCAGUGCAGCCCUAACUAGCAGUUUCUGACCCCCUGUCAGAGGGUGGCAGCAAACCUGCUCCUGAGAUCUGCCCUGCUUGGGACUCUGGAUUUCUCUGUUCCCUUCCCUGCUCUCCGAACCAAAGCAGGUCUGAUGUUAGGAACGGUGCUUUCAAAACAGGGUCAAAAAACCACCUGGAGCCCCUGCCUGGUGGCUCGGUUGGAGUGUCCUGACGUCCUGUACACGGAAAGGUUGCCGGUUUGAUUCCCAGUUGGGGAGUGUACAGGAGGCAACCAACUGAUGUUUUACUCUUACGUUGAUGUUUCUCACUUUUCCCCUUCCUCUCUCUGUGAAAAUCAGUAAACAUAUGCUUUGACGAGUUUUAAAAAUAAGUAAAUAAAAAGC